AUGCUGAAGGAUUUGACCACCCAGAGCUACACCCUAUACAGUAGCUGCUUAGACCAUGUGAAUGAACUGGAUGAUCUGCUGGAGAACACUGUGCACAAGGUCAGCUGUAGGAGCAGAAGACAGAGGAAGCCAAGGCAGCAGCGGUCUCAAGAUUCCUACGACACGGCCAGUGAACUGGAUACAAAGAGAAAACCUUCAUUUUCCUCCAAACGUCAUGUCGAGUUACUGGCUGACUGCAAACAGUGCAGGUCUAUGCACCUGUGUAACAACGAUGGUGGCAGGUGCGUCGACAUCAGAGUGGACACUCCAGAGUCCAGAAACAAAACCACCACCAGCAGUAAGACUGAGGACAGCUUUUGGCCUCUGAACAUUAUGGGUUCCUCUGAUUCUAUCAGCUCAUUUACCUCCUGGUCCUCCCUCAGCUCCUCAACAUCCAGUCUAUCCACUCUUGUGCCUGCAAGAUCUGAGAUGAGUGAAGCGAUCCAUGCUCCACCAGUGGUUUCCAAGGAUGAGCCAUGCUCUACUAACAAAGGUCCUGCUGGCAGGUCAGAGUUGAAUAACCCACUGUCAGUAGAAUUGCAGGGGAGGCACGGUCUAGAGCACAGUAUCCGCAAAGAGGCCACAAAGAGGAUUCCUGAGCUUGUUUUCAAUGUUGAAGAGGAAAAACAUCAACCUAUGGUGUGUGACAAAGUUACAGAUCCCGAACAGCACAACGCAAAGACCACAUUUCAAAAAAGUCUUGCCAUGUUUGAAUAUCUUAUUAAAAUCGAGGAAAAAUCUUUUGGCAAAUUAUCAAAAGUGAACACUACUGAUAUAUCCUGGGUGGCCUUCAAUGAUCAGAAAGCUCAGAAACGGGAAAAGAUGGACCUCUUGUCUAAGCCACAGGGAAAUGCUCGUCCUAAGAGGUUGGUGAAGAAGCUAGUCGGACCAGGUAUUCGCAUCCCUAUAACCAGAGUGAAACAUGUUUUAUUAAUAGAAAAGGCAUCCAUUCAACUUCUUGAGAUGAACCUGAAACAGAAGCGUUUGGCAAAUGUAUUGGGAGCGACAACCAUCUUCAGCAAGUCCAUGGAACUGAUCACACCCGAAGAAACUCCUCAGCCUAAGGAAGUGACAUCAUCAGAGGUAGAGUUGGAAUUGAAUUGCUCUAAGACACUUUUCAUCAGCAAAGAAAUGAGAGACAAGCUAGAGUUCCACAUCAAACGCAAGACAAUCCAACACCUCUGGGGUCUGCCUCAGGUGGUGCCAAAGUCUAUUGAUGCCCUCUUUCCCAAGGCACCAAAGAUAGACCGGAGCAGAGUUUUCCCAAAGCCCAAGUAUGACAUUGAGGUGAUGACAAGUGACUUGCCGUUUUUGACUGACGAACAGAAAGAGGCUUUAGAGGGCAAUGUGAGGAAAAAGAAGGCUCACAAAAACUGGGGUUACCCAAAACGGAUAAUGGACUCUCUGAAGGCAUUUGAGGUUCCUGAGGGUGUGGCCAAAGACCUGGACAAGAGACCUCGCCCUGUAGCCAAAGUCCAACACCCCCCAGCGGCCUCUAAGGUUAAGGAUAUCCCUGUGGAGCCCAAAGAGCCUCAGUCAUCAGCUACAUCCGAAACCAACGACCUCAAAGAAAUGAGUAAUAAACAACAGAACAAGCAGAACAACUCCCACAACCUAUUAGAAUCCAGCACCGCUAAGAUUCAAGAAAGAGGACUUCCCAAAGUAACUUUUGGGCAUUUUUCUAAGAAGUGUUUCCAUUCCGAGUAUCCAGUACUCACAACGUUUUUGAAAUUUGGAUCCAAUCUAAAUAAAUAUUCACUACACAAAGGCUCCAAUGUGCACAGAGAGUUGAUUGCAGGGAGCACAGAAGGGGAGGGAAGAGACAAGGCAUCCCCAUCUCCACAGACACAGACUACCUGUCUGUCAGAGCAGCCAUCAGUGUCAACCAGCAGACCCUGCAGGAAGGAAAAUCUUUUUUUUAAUCACUGUGAGUACCAACAUUAAAAGUUUACUCUAUGGCUGAUACAAUGUAAUGUUAUCAUUCAAAGAAAUUUUGCCAUUUAGUAAUAAUUUCUUAUUUCCCCUCAACAGGAGUCCUGA